CUUUCGGUUUACAGUUGUUGACAACAUGUGGCAAACUUACAAUCGAUUGGACAGAAUUUGGGACGAUGCAGGGUCAUCGGACUCUGACAGUCAAGAGAAUUCGUCCUUCCUCUCUUCAAAUGCCUCUUUCAGCGACUACGAGCGCUCCGGUACUUCAGCUCCAGUAGCUGCGGCUGCAACAGCUUACGAUAGUGGAAUUACUGUUAAUCAUGUUUCAUCGCUUUUGAGGCAUCGUGGAAAAGAAUUUUCCGUCAGCGAAAUGCGAGGAAAUGACGCCGAUGUGAUAUCAUACGAUAGCGAAGGAAGCGGAAGAACACCACCGUCACAACAUCGUCGCUUUCGUUGGGGGAGACGAUGGCGACGUCCACGACAAACCCGUCAAUGGCUGCGCAGUGUAUGCCAAAAUUAUUGUAGCGAUACCAACGACGUGGGUCUUUUUUGCAGCGGUGUUGCCACCGUUUUGCUUUGCUGUAGCCUUCUGGUUUGGAUUGCGCUUGCUUGCAUUGUUCCAGCGUGGGGCAACUCGCUGGGCACGGGCAGCAAGGGCGCUGGCUUGACGACUCGGCAGCGGACCCACAUGCGAACCAAAGAUCGAGCGCAUUCAGGAUUUGGAAGCAAAGAGAUGCUGCAGAAGGUCGCCACACACGUUUGGAACUCUGUCCAUGGCAAGCCCAACGCAAACGACGUUGUGAUUGCGAAAAAAAAGAAGACCUCAGAAGCUCUUAAGCCCGGAUGCGUAAGAGCCGAUUGGCAAGAGUUGAACUUGCCAAAUUGCAAUCUUAUCCACGAAGUUGACUUGCAAUCUGUUUUCGACCGUCAAAGGCAAGGGCGCGACAAGCCUAUUGGUAUCCUCGACAACGGAAUGUGGAGAGAUGUCAUAGCCGUUGAUCCGAGCGCUGUAAUGAAAGAACCUCUGGUAUUAAAGGUGAUGAAACGAGUCCACGAUUUUGAUCAACGAAACUUUGACCGCCAUCGACGUGAUGCGCUGUCAAUGGAGCAGCUUACUUCGUCGCCGAACAUUGUUGACAUCUAUUCAUUUUGCGGAAACAGCAUGUUGACGGAGUUUAUCGGAAAUAAUAUGGAGCAUAUCUUUUUAGAGAACACUCUCGUGAGUUCCAACAAAUUUGCAACACGACACACUGAGCGAGGACGGCUGUAUCUGGCGCUGCAAGCCGCCCGAGCCGUGCGGGCGCUCCACGAAUUACCAGGGGGGCCAAUUGUUCACGCCGAUCUGCAACCACGUCAGUACUUAGUCAAAGAUGACGGAACGGUCAAACUCAACGACUUUAACCGGUGUCGGUUCAUGGGGCAUCGGUACGAUACCGGAGCAUGUUGUCCACUUCACAUUCCAUCAGCCCCGGGUAAAUGGCGCUCACCGGAAGAGUACGCGUCUCAGGAUCUGGACGAAAAACUCGAUGUUUACUCGUUAGCCAAUGUCUACUAUGGAAUCCUGACGGGCGAGCAGCCGUGGGAUAAAUGGAGUGUGGCGGAAACAAAGCAGUUUGUAAUGAAAGGCACGAAACCUUUCAUUCCUUACCUCAAUUCCAAAAACGCGUCUCACACGGAUAUGGUCCUGGCCACCUUAACAAAUCGUGCUUACGAAUUAGAUCCGAGCAAGCGUGUCAGUGCUGCUGAAAUCGUCGCUACUCUAGAAGAUUUAUUGAACGGAGAAUUUUAA